UUAAACGGUAAAGCUUUAGUUGAGAUUCUGAAAGAUUGCUGAAAGCAUGAAGUUGGCUCUGGCACUCUUGGCAGGACUGUGCAUCCUCUGUGAUUAUUUCACUUCCGGACAGUUUUACACCUACAAUGCAGAUGAAAUAUGCAUAUGCUCGGGUCAUUUGGUGAACGAUUUGGUUCCGGACUGCGAAGAUUGCGCCGGUUACUACAUUUGUGGCGAUGGCUCCUACGAGAAGGUGAAGUGCCCUCAGGGUCUGAUUUUCGACAUUUCCUUGAAGACCUGCGUAUUGGGUCAGUGUCCAAGAUUCGAUGGCACUUGUUCAGCAAACUCUACCGUCCCUCCGCCCGUCACCACGACCACAACCACAACCACAACGACUGCAGCUCCACCUACAACUACAUCUACUUCAGGACCUUGUGACAAUAAUGUGACGUGUCAAUUGGAAGAAAACAGUAUCCCCCAUCCGGAUCAUUGUCGAAAUUUUUACACCUGCUAUGGAAAAUGCGCCGUUUUGGGACUCUGCGAGCUGGGAAAAUGGUUCGAUCGGGAGAGAAAUGUGUGCGAUUAUUCCUAUAGAGUCACAAACUGUCCCGCCAACCAGGACUAAGACACGCCACUUAUAGGUAUUAAAGAAUAUUCUUUUCUUGAAUUUAUUCUUCCUCAUAUUGUUACCUACGUAAACCUAUUGUUCGCCUAUGAAAAUCCAUCAAUAUUAUAUCAGCAAAAGUAAAUACUUGUGCUUUAUUACCAAGUUGUGAUUGGUGACGGACUACAAGGGGACUUAAAGCUGCAAGAAAAGUAAAUUAACUGUGGACCAACUGCCAUCGGGGAAGAUUAAAUCAAAUAAAUAUGUGUCAUGGCAAAUCGAAGUGAGGCAAAGUUAAUUUGAACGGUCAUUAAACUGCAAUUGUACUCAUGAAUAGUCAGCGAAUAGGCAAAAAUCCAACAACAUGGCGAUAAUUUACGCAAAUUGCU